UGCGGCGGGCUUGGACCCAUAGAAAUCCAUUGGCGUUGCUCGUGUUGCUGCUGCUCGUGUUGCUGCAGCUGGUGUAUCAGACGGUUGGAUUGGAAUCCACAGAUGGAAGGGCUCGGAUCAAAACGAAAACGGAAAACAUGUCGACGCUGGCAUCCAACACUGGCGACAGCUUCAACAUUCGCCACGGUCGCUCCAGGGCCCACAUGCUGUACAACAGCAACAACAACAACAACGUCAACAACAACAGCAACAGCACGAGGCUGACUCUGGUUAGUGAUGUGCCGCUGCCCUUGCCCAUUCCGACGCAACAGUCCGGCACAGGCGGGAUGACAAGUCCUCCGGUCACGCAUAAAAUUCGCAAAUUGCACAAGAAGAAAAUCAACGAGAGCAUACGCAAAAGCGUCGACAAGAGUCUGGGUGUGCUGCGUCCAGCCAAGAAUCAUCGCAGCCUGGCCGAGGCCGAGCAUCUGCAGGGACGACCCACAGAUGUCGAUGAUGAUGAUGAUGUCAGGGAUGAUGAUGAUACGGCGACACUCGAUGAAGUCAUGCAAUUGGCGGAUGAGAUUGAUUUGGAGAACUCAUUAGUGUCAGCUUACCGGAAUGUGGUCGCUGACGUGCCAGAUAUAACCACGCAGCCGAGUCCAGCGUCAGGUGUCGCUAAGAAGAGCGGUAUCAGUAACACAGCUCGGCAAUUUGUGCGUGCCAACAGUGAUGAUGCCAAUUACGAGGAUAGCGAUGAGGAUGAUGAGCUGUCAACCACGCAAAUUGCAGCAUUUGCGCCUCGUCAGCCAGCCUCAAAUGCCCCCAGAACUUGGCAGUUGCAACAGACUCGUAAUGUGGGCAGAACACGGCUGUUGCCAGUUAAGCAGAGCAACGGCAACGCCAGCAUUCCGGAUGCCUCAUCGACAGGUGUCCUUAAUUUAAAAUUGCCAGUCAACAGCGCAGAUACUCAACUAGAGGCAGUCGACACUGACACCAACACCGACACUGACACUGACACUGACACCGAUUACCGCCUCGGGGGAUCUGACAAAAACAAUGGGAUCGACGACAGCGAUGAUGAUAAUGAUGCUGUUGACGAGGAUGAGCAGACGGAUGCUGCCAAUGAGAGUGUCGGCAAUAGCACAGAUAACGCCAAUGUCGAAUGGCCAGAGACGGAGUCGGAGGCACGUUCACAGGCCAGCACCAGCGAGGGCAUCGAGUUGAAACAGAUCAACUUUAACUACGAGUCCGAAUCAGAGUCCGAGUCGGAGUCGGAGUCAGAGAGCGACCCCGUGCUGGACACUUCGGAGGUAACCAUGGAUGAUGGCUAUCCGCCCGAGGUGAUAAUCGAUGACAACACCAAGCAGCUGGUGAUUGGCGAUGUUGAAGGCAAUGCCGAUGGCGAUAGCGUUGAUUCCAAUCAAAUAACUGCCGAUGUGAUAAAUGCGCGCGAUAGUAAAAUUGACUUGGUGUCCAAGUUCCUGCAAUAUAUCGAACAGCAGCAUUUGAUGGGCUCCAACUGCGUGGCCGGCACCUCGCUCAAUCUCGGCGAGGGUGUGGUGGACCGUUAUGCCCAGGAUCGAUUUCGUGUCGAGGCUGAGGUGGCUGUCAAUCGUGCCAAUAUGUUGACCAGAAUCUUUAAGACGACGGCGCAUUCGGUACAGGAGGAUGUCAACUUGCUGCACGCCUCGGUGCUGUCCAUGGUGGAGUUCGACGAUGAUAUAUUCGCGGCGGGCAAUUGCUUCGAUUGGAAUGAGCAUCCCGCCCAGCCAGGACUCUUUUGUCCGUUCGCCUAUCGCCUGCCGCCACCGAAUCUGGGCGCCAUAUUCGCCAAGGAUCUGGCCAUGGAGUACCAUUACCUUGGCAACACAUCGGAAUGGUUCUUUCUUGCACGGAAGAACGCCGAGAAGGUGAUAGCUCGCAAUGAGCAAUACCUGAAAUCUUUCCAUCUUUAUUCGAACCGCACAGAGGAACGCAUCGAGGACGAUACAUUGGCCGUCAAGUAUGAGGAUGGCAGAUGGUCGAAACCGUAUUACGACUGCGGUGGCGGGAAUAUAUGGAUGCUAACGUAUACGGUACCAUUCUUUGGCUACGAAAAUGGCAGCUAUCACUUCAAGGGCACAUCUGGCAUUGAUAUUGACUUGCGGCGCGUGGACAUCGACCAAUGCCCGCAGCGGCAUACGCCGGGCACUAAACGACCGCUGAACAUCUUUGCCGGCACCGACAAGUGCAAGCAGCGCACCACCAUGUGCGAGGCCAUUAUGGGUCUAGGCUUUCGUCGAGGCUCAUACAAAUGUUUGUGCCGCAAGGGCUUUUACUUUCCGGACGUUGUAUCGCUGCACAAGUUCUUCAAUGGCAGCCUACUGGAGGAGGAGUACGAGAAGCUGAUGCUGGGUAAAAACUCCACGUACAAUAGCAACAACGAAUACGAGUGCCUGCCCUGCGCCGAGGGCUGUGACUCCUGCGAGGAUUCCUCCCCCUGCAUCGCGGCCCUCAAUUGGCCCAUGCGCACCAGCAUCCUGGCACUGGCCUGCAUCGUCAUCGGCCUGCUGCCCCCCGCCGCCUGGUUCACAUUUCGCUAUCAACAAGUCAAGGUUGUGCGUGCUGCCAGCCCAGCUCUGUUGCGGGUCAUUGCACUGGGAGCGUUCUUCAUCUACUGCACGAAUAUUGUUAUGUAUCCGAAUCCGAAUCUCUACACAUGCACCGCUCGCAUUUGGCUGCGCGAAAUUGGAUUCUCUCUGACCUAUGGUGCACUCAUGCUGAAGACCUGGCGAAUCUCGGUGAUAUUUCGGGUGCGCUCGGCAAAGGCUGUCAAAAUCACAGAUGCUGCGCUGCUCAAGCGUUUGGGAAUCAUCUGUGGGGCCAUUGGUACCUGUUUGCUGGUACGGACUUUAGUAUCGCCGCCGGACGUGGUGGUGGGACGCACCGCUGAUGACCUCAAAGCAUUCCUAUGCAAAACCGAUUGGUGGGACUACACAUUUACCUCGAUGGAGGUAUUAUUCCUAGCCUGGGGCGUAAGACUCUGCAUAAUGGUGAGAAAGGCGCCCUCUGAAUUCAACGAGAGCCGCUUCAUAUCAAUGGCCAUUUACAACGAGUUCCUGCUCACGUGCUUCCUUAACGUGUCUAUGCUCUUCCUGCAGUCUCCGGCUAAUCCGGAUCUACUCUACAUCAUAUUCUUCUGCCACACACAGCUGACGGUGACGCUUCUCUUGGCCCUCAUCUUUGGCAGCAAGGUUUAUAUUGUACUUCGCAGUGGGAAGUCGCAUCAGGAGAACAUCGGAUUGGGCGCGAAGGCGUCGGGAGCCAAAUUCAAUUUUCGGCCACAGGUGCGCACGUUUGCUCAUCCCAGCUCGGUGACAACAUCAACGGCGCCUGCAGCCGGCACCACCUCGGCAGAGAACAAGCUGUCCGAUCAGGAGGCGCUGGAGGAGAUUCGUCAGUUGAGCAUGCAGCUGAAGCGCAUUCAGGAGAUGGCACCGCCCAAAGGAGUGGCUGUGAUGACCAUAUCGAGUCUGUUGGACGGCCUGAAGACGCCGGGUGGCAUGAUGGUGGUCGCUGCAGCUGCCACACAUGCCGCAGGUGGCAAUGCGGCAAGUGUCGCGCGGCAAAGUGCGUUGCCGCUGCUUGCACUCAACGCCGAAAUGCAGAAAUACAAUCAGCAACUGCAGCAGAACAACAAUGCCAAUGGACGAGCUGCUGCCUCAGCCGCUGCACGUGGCAGCAUACCCACCAUGGUGCUGGAGACGCCUCCCUCCUCGGCAACCCCAACGCCGACAACUGCCUACGAGGAGCGUGCCACCAACACGGAGCUGAGUGGCGACGAUUUCCGCGAGCAGCUGCUACGCCGCAGCGCAGAUGGUCACAUCAUCUGCAGUCGCUGCCUGGACGCGUCCAAGGAGCACUACUACUGCUGCCCCCCGCGCAGCACCUGCGAACAGCUGGGCUCGCCACAGCAGGAGGGCAGUCUCAGCUUUGCCAACAUCAAGCUCGACUGCAUGUGCUCCCAGUCGGAGGAUCUCGACCAGACGCAACGGCGGCGACCCACUGUGCGCACGGCAGCCACCAACACGCCCCCGCCCAGCUGCAAGCGUGGAGCACGCAAUCUGCUCGAGGCCGAGAUCAGCAUUUCGUAUCAAAUUUGUGAUAACUGUAGAAGUAAGUAUAAGCUUAGCGACAAGCCCGUGGCCGACGUGGCAUCCGGCAGAAGACGCAGUGGCAGCUGCACUCAGCCACCUGCCACAACUGUGGCACAGACGCUGCCCAGCCAGGCAAGAAGCAGCGAACUCCUCGAUCGCCCUGACCUCGAUGACAGCUCCGCUGCUGCCGCGAAGCUGGUGCGUUCCACUGACGACAUUGCGCUCUUUACGAGCACCAUCAGGCCACCAGCUGCCCACAGCGAUUGUGAGGCAGCUGCAGCUCCAGCGGCUGCCACAGUGACGGCUGUGUCGCUGGGCAAUGUGUCCAACACAUCGAAUAACUCCACUAGCCAAACGGACAAGACGACGAGCGGCAGCGGGACGGGGAAGCCCAAGAGACCCGACAAACUGGUACUCGAUCUGAAUGAUCGCUCCAAGUACACGAAGGAGGUUUCUGUAUAGAAUGAUAAUGAAUGCGAUUAUGGUUUGCGAAAUUAACAAAAGACUUUAUGAAAUUUAAUUAUAUUACUACAAAAACAAACAACAACAAACAAACAAGUUCAAAGACGCGGCUAAAACGCCUGAUUACAGCGAAAUCAAAAUGUCGGACGGCGAUUUGCGAUUUGUGAUUUGCAUUGCUAAAUCAAAAGGCAAAACAGGCGCAAAUCAUUUGCAACUAUAAUGAGCCCCAUGUUGUGAAUAUUUUGCACUUGGCAAACACAAAUAUAAGCACACCAACACACCAAACACACACACACACACACACUUGCGUGAACCACACACAAGUAAACAAAGCAACGUCGCCAUUUUGCUGUAAUUCAUGUGUUUUAACAAUUAGAAAGAUACAGAGAGACAGUGGGAGGAAAUAGGUAGAGAGUAUAAACAUUUAACUAAAGCAACUAAUUGAAAACGCCAGCUACUUAAACAGUAGCAACAAAAUCAACAAUAAGAAGAAGAGCAUUCAUGUAAUUAAUUAAUUAACCAUAAGUUUGCCAUCUUAAGUGCCGCUAUUGAAAAUGAUAUUUAGUCUAUAAUCGAGCACUCGCAUUCACUUGUAUAGAUAAAUAUUUAAUAAAUUUAUUGUUAAUAGUUCUUAACUGUAAAAUAAACAUAUC